AUUGCACUAUCGUAUAGCAGAUUUUACGUAAUAUGUCUGUUGUGCAGUAGUGUAGUCUAACACCUAAAAGAUGUUGCUAAAAAGGAACUUGUGGCGAGCCACGUACUCAUAUACGAGCGAAAUCCAUCUGAAACGGAUGAUAUCGUAUGAGAUACACGUACACGGUCCACGUAUUUACACGUUAAAGGCAGAUUACGUACGUGCAAAGUGCAUAUAGAUAUCUAGUGGUUUACAUAUGUAUACAUAUAUAUGUACAUACGUGUACACGUAUAUUUUUUAUACGCUGAAAAGAAGGCGACACACCGGGUACGCACUCAUACGCAUAUUACUCGUUUGGUGGGGGAUACUUGCAUGCCCCACCCUCUUUGGCUUCUCACAUUUUUAUAUAAACAUUUAGUGCAGUUCAAGACACCGUUGGGCUUGCAGUUUCUUCGGUCACUUAUAUAGUUCUAGCUUUCUAUUAAUACAAUAAAUAUUUAAAAAAUCUUUUUUAUUAUAUUAUAAAUCGUUAAAAUCUCUCUAUCAGAGUAUGUUUCCUGAAAUUCAAUAUUUUAAUUAGUGCAAAGUGGUUUGUGUCACACAUGUUAAUGUAGUGGUUAAUGCAAUGCAAGGGAAGAACAAAUAUUGUAUAAUCGUAAUGUAUUAUAAACAAAUUUCUGGAAAUUAUCUAAAAUCCUUUAGUCUUUUUUAUAUUAUUAUUUUUAAAUUAUUUGAAAUGCCUAUUCAAUAUCUUAUAAAUGCGAGAAAAGCAAAUUAGCUAAGGAAUCUACUUUUCCGCCACUUUUAUAUCUUCGAAUGGAAUCUAUCGCAUAUCGUUGACAUUCCGAUAAUUAAUUCAAAUAAUUUGAUAAUUACGAGAUCAGAAAUUUCAUCUGGCUCUCAGGCUUCUCCAUUUCUCUCCGUCAUUCUGCCGCUCGCAACGAAAGAAUCUCUACCUAGAGAGACGAGAAGAGGGGAAAGACAAGACGGAUUAUCCAUUCGCGACCGAUCGAAACCGGUGCGCUAUUCUAAGGUUUCCGCAAGCGGCUAAAGAAGCCAAGCAGUGGUCAGUAAAGUGAGACAGAAGAAACGGAAAAAGAAAGAGACUUCUCUGAGGCGAAGAGAUAUCCCUUUGAUCUAUCGUUCCUUUCUUUCAUCGUCUAUUCAUCGGUCCCCACACACGCGAAUUCUCUCCUCUCGUCUUCUCCUUUCCUUUCCGCGACGCGAUUAUGGCUCACAACGAGAGCACGAAAGAAGGUGAUAGCUCGACCGACACAAUAAUCGCGCGCUUCUCGUCGGACGAGGAGAAGCAGAAGCCUAGCGCGACUGGCACUUCUGGCGAAUAUGUCACUGCGGGUGACAGUAACUCCAGUCUCGAUACCCUGACCAGUAGCAGCGGCGCGACCCUCUUCUCCAACAUUAGCACAGACGAUCGAAAGCAAGGCAAAUUCGGUACGCUCAAGAGCAGCUUCCGCGAGGGUCGUAUAUUUAAGAUCAAGAAGAAACCGCGCGAGACCGAACCGUCCUGUGGAGCGGACACGGAACAGGGUGACAAAACUUCCUUGAGGAAGCUCGAAAUAAGGAAUGACAAAGAGAUAUCUCGGCAGCAAUCGCAACAGCUCGAGGAACCGAAACCGAUAUCCGCGAUCUUGAAGAAGAAGAAAAAGAAGAAGUCGCACUCGCUGAUGCGCAAACUGAGCUUUAAUAAAUUUCGCCUGUCCUCGGAACAGCAAGAAGCACGACAUACCCCGGAGGGUGGCGACAGUAGCCGCUCCCAGAGCCAGUCCCCACAAGAAUCGCCCGUUCACCCGAACGAGUCGAUCAAGAAGCAGGGGCAGGGGGACGACAACGUCCCGGGGAGGGAAAAGACAGUAAAGGGGGAGCUUAAGAAACCAGAAAAGCUGCUCGAGAAACCGUCAAAGACCGUCACCGUAGUGCAACAUACAACGCCGUUGAUAACCAUCAAGAGCUUUGCUCAACACGACACCGCACAACAUUCGCAGCAAGAGGAGCAAGAUAAAGUCUCGCGUUCCGACUUGCAAUGCUGUUCGACGCUUCCUUACGCGUUGUCGAGCUGGCCGGAACGUAGCAAGACAAAGCUCGCGGAGGAUGCUGCGGUCAAGACAGGCAAGACGAGAGCGAGAUCCGAUUCGGAUUCCUCGGAUCUACGUAUGACGUCGAAAUCGUCACCCGUCGAGGUACGCCGCAAGCUGUCCUUACUGGAGGAGAAACGAGCGAUAUUUCAGCGACGCUUCUUCGAUUCUUUGUCCAAGGAUACUCAUGCAAAAGACGCGGUGCUCACCGUUAGCAGUUUGACAAUCGACGACGAGCCAUCAAGCACCAUCGAUAAGGAAUUUUUUGAGCAGCGAGAAGAGGAACGAAAGAAGAGAAAGGCCCGGCAGAUUAGCGUGAAAACUUUCGACACAUUCUCUACUUUUGAAAGUGCCCUUGACGAGGAAACGGGAUUGGGUUACCUGGGUAGCAUCGAGGAAGAUUACACGGAAAGCUACAAUAGUAUGGAUGAUCAUCUCAGCAAAUCUCAUUCCGCUAUGGUGGGAGCCGUUGCUGGCCAGUCGUCGUCGAAUAAUGCAUCGAAUCUCGGAGUAGACGAGAAACGGGAGCACUUAUACAAAAUAUUAGUAAUCGGCGAGCUCGGGGCGGGGAAAACGUCUAUCAUCAAGCGAUACGUCCACCAAUUUUUUUCGCAACAUUAUCGGGCGACGAUUGGCGUCGACUUUGCGCUCAAAGUGCUAAACUGGGAUCCACAUACCAUUAUUAGACUGCAAUUAUGGGAUAUCGCAGGUCAAGAGAGAUUCGGAAAUAUGACUAGAGUUUACUACAAGGAAGCUGUAGGUGCUUUCAUAGUGUUCGACGUGACGAGAAGCGCAACGUUGGACGCGGUGGUGAAAUGGAAACAGGACCUCGAUUCAAAGGUACAACUUCCUGACGGAUCAUCGAUACCGUGCGUUUUGUUGGCGAAUAAAUGCGACCAGCAGAAGGAAGGUCUGGUUAACUCGCCCACCAAGAUGGACGAAUACUGUAAAGAGAAGAACUUCUCCGGCUGGUUUGAAACCUCGGCGAAGGAGAAUAUUAAUAUCGAGGAAGCAGCUAGAUUUCUCGUCAAUAAAAUACUUCAGAACGAUCAAGUUAUGAGAGGCAAUGGCUCUCAAGACCAAACGGAUGGUGAGCGAUUCGCGUUAAGUCAAUCGCCGACAAGCUCCAAAAAAUCCUGCAGCUGCUGACAAAUAGAUAAAUUGUCGAGCUCAAGUUCGAAAUCUCGGUCGCGAUUUUCCAUUCCUCAACCUCAACGUGUCUUUAUGAACGCCGUGAAUAUCAUAUAACGUUUUACGCAUUGCCAUUCUUCGUAAUAGGAAGCAUCUGCUUGUUGGAUUUUCGCUUUCGAGCGAGAAAUUAUUUGAUAGUAUACUCUCGACAAUUAUUUGGGCCUGCCAAUUCGACUCGCUUGAUGAGCGAACGAUAUUUUAAGUAGCUUUAUAGAUGUACAGAGCGCAUAUGAGAGCAAUAAUUUAAUAUUUAUACAUAUAUAAAA